AUGGACUCUCCGCUCGACGCCCUAGACCCGAACGACCGGAACCACACCUACACCGAAACGGCCGGCCUUUUCAUCCGACAAUACUGGCACAUCAUUCUGUCUGUGAUCUUGAUCGGAAAUGUCCUCCGCACCCGGUACCUCUCCCCCCUCCGGAGCUAUCCGGGCCCGUUCCUCGCUUCGACUACCCGUCUUUGGAAAGUCAUCACCACCGCGUCCGGCCGCUCGCACCUACAAUAUGUUGCGUUGCACCGGAAGUACGGACCCGUCGUCCGCAUCGGACCCAACGAAGUAUCCAUCGCCUCACCGGAGGCUGCGAGACAUGUUCUGAGCGCUGGAAAGAGGUUUUACAAGACGGCGUUCUACGGAGUGUUCCCUCCGCCAGAGAACCCGGACAUCUUCACCGAGGUCAACGAGGAGGCUCAUGCGCGCAAGAAGAAGGUUGUCAACGUGCCUUACAGCAUGGCGGCGAUGCAACAUCUGAGCCCCUUUAUUGACGACACCAUUGACCUGGUAGUGGCGAAGCUUGGCGGAUUUGCGUCGGCGCCUAUGGAAUACAAGGCAGACAAGUCCGUGGACCUGGGAGCGUGGUUGCAUUACUUCGCAUUUGAUGUUUUGGGAGAAGUAGCCUUCUCACGGAGCUUCGGCUUUUUAGCCGAGGGGAAAGACGUCGAGGAUGCCAUCGCAACGAUAGAUCGCUCACAGGCAUACAAUGGCAUUGUUGGUCAAAUCCCCUGGGUGGACCAUCUGCUCCGUCGCAACCCUCUUUGGAAGCUUGUGCCAAGUCUGGACACCAAGAACGCUCCAAUCACGAGAAUCGCGCUAAGUGAGAUGGAGAGACGACGACCGUUUGACAAGGAGAGUGAGGGUAAGUUGAGGAACGAUGACGGAAGGCAGGAUCUUCUGGCAAGUCUGAUCAAGGGGCACCUGAAAGACCCUGAGAGAUUUACCGAGGGCGACGUCUUCGCUGUUGCUCAUGGGGCGAUGCUAGUAGAUGAGAUCACUCAAGCUGUCGAUGUCGGUAUGCUUCCCGCCACAGGAAACAUUUCAUGGAGUGAGGCCCAAGGUCUUCAGUACUUCCAAGCUUGCCUGAAGGAAGCCAUGCGGGUGCGGCCUGCUGUUGGGCUCAACAUUACGCGUGUUGUUCCCCCUGAAGGCGCGGAGCUGGACGGGCACUUCUUCCCUGGCGGCACCGAAAUCGCAGUCAACGGAUGGGUCUUGCACCGGGACAAACGCACAUUUGGCGAGGAUGCGGACGACUUUCGGCCGGAAAGAUGGUUGGUUGAAGUUGACAAUGCUAAGAAAAUGGAGAGAUACAUGUUCCAGUUCGGCGGAGGCAGCCAUGUAUGCAUAGGACGUAAUUUGGCACUGCUCGAGAUCAACAAGAUUGUACCACGGCUUUUCAGAGACUUCAAGUUUGAAUUGGUCCACCCAAGUCAACCGCUGAAGGCUAAUGCCACGUUUUUUGUGGUGCAGGAAGGGCUCGAGGUCUAUGUUCAGAGGCGGGACUCCCCUUAG